AUGGGACUGGAUUGCAGCACCUGUGGAUCAAAGUGGCACAACACUCAUGCGUGCCCCAUGAACGACACCUACAAGGGCAAGACGCCGAUGAAGGGCAAAGGCAGGUCCAAAGGAUAUGGAAAAGGCAAAGGAAAAUCCUAUGGUGGCAAACCCUAUGGAGGAAAGUCCUAUGGAAAGAAAGGCUUCGGCAAAAGCAAGUCCUAUGGCAAAGGUGGCUAUGGCAACCGACAAGGACGCAAAGGCUUCUGGCUUGAAGACAUGCCCAAGAACUUCAAUGACUACUACGGUGGUGCCUACCUGCUGAGCAACAACAGCUCCCCAGAGAAGGAGGAUGCCGACAAGCUGGACAAGGUCAUCAUUCGGGACCUUCAACGAAGUGGAGCCGCUGCCAACAAGGACGUUGGUGAAAUGGUUUUCCAUCAAGUUCGAGGACCACGAGUUCGGGGACUUUUGGUGGACCCUGGGGCCAGUUCAGGCCUGAUUGGAAGCGAGACACUUCGCGACCUGUUUGACUCUGGAAUGGUGCCCCCUGAGAAGGCCAACGAGAUCACUUGGGGAGCAGCACAAACUACAGUCACUGGCAUCUCAUGUCAGUCAGACCAAACAAUUGCCAGGAUCUCCAUCCCCUUUUGCAUUGGCGCUGAAGAUGCAGAGUACACGGCCGACAUCAUUGGUGGUGACGGCAGCAAUUGCCCUGCACUUCUUCCAAAUGGAAGCCUUCGCCAACUUCGAACUACGAUGAUGACACAAUGGUAUGGCAAUGGAGAUGGAGUGAUGAUUUGCCGCUUGAAUGGACAUCGACCUGAUGACCCUGCUGCGAACCUUGUGGCAAUGAAGCUCCUGCUUGCCGACCAAGACAUGUCGCUCAACGAGCAGAAGUCCGACAUGAAUGACAACACCGGCAACUACGACAUCAAGUCCAUCGACGUUGCCGACACUGAGAAUGUCCCUGACUCCAAUGCGGAGAACCCCAAGCUGCAGUUUGCAGCUAACAACAAGACGGAAAUGAUCAAAGUGGCUGAUGACGAGCCUGAGAUCCAGGUCCUGAAGUCAGACAUUUUGGAAGAGGAGUACAACGAAGCUCCACAGCCCUACGGAGGCGAUCAAUUUCCUGCACACCUGAAACCUGGCAAACUCCGAUACCUGAGCAAGCUCUACAAGGCGAUCCCUGAAGAGUUCUACACAAAGACUCAACGAGCACCCGUGACACCGAGAAAUGCAAGGUCAUGGGCAAAGAAAAGAAGAAGUGCCCACUUUCACUUGUGGGAGAUGUGUAGCGGCUCUGGCCGCUUGUCCUUCCUCGCACUUUGCGCAGGACUGUCGGUGAUGUUCCCGCUGGACUACAGAUAUGGCUGGGAUCUUGGAAGCCCUGCUCACAGGCGACUCAUCGAUGAGAUUGAAGAGACCUUCCAGCCUGACGUUGACUUCAUGAGUCCAAGCUGCAGGCCCUGGAGUAUCUCUUCAGUUCGACGAGAUCUACAACAAACUCAACAAGAACGAGAAGAAGAAAUGCCUGUGAUCAACUACCUCAAGAAGAAGGGCAACCUUGCUUUGAAGCACUGUGUCAAGCGGUGCACUGGCCAUUUAGGUCAGAAACAUGGCUGGCUUCAAGGAGCAGUACAAGGUGACAAUCGCUCUACAGCUGCUGCAGUCUACCCUGAAUCAUUGGGGAAAGCCAGUGUGAAGGACAUCAAGCGCUUCAUCAGCAACAAGUCCACGGUCUACAACGACUACUACAAGUGUGAGCGCUGUGCCCUUGGAAGACGUUGGCCUGAAGGAGAAAAUCCCAGAGAGAGAAAGAAAGCCGAGAAGGAGCAGAAGGAGCAGGACGACCUGUUCGACCUCUUUCGCAAGGAGUCCAUGAAGAACGACAAGAUCCAAAAGGGCAAGCUGUCCAUUCACUCCGACAUCGCCUUCAACAACGAGCAAGCUUCAAUUUUCAAAAUGAUCAUGGUGAAGCUCUUGGAAGAAUCCAUCAAGGGCUAUGAGGAGGCUGACAAGGAGAAGAAGGAUCUUCCUGAAGCUCAAUGGCUACAAGAUCCUGUUGCUCUUGGAUGGCUGCGCAAGAUCUUUGUCGACUAG